AAUAAUGCCGUACACAAUAAACACAUACGAAAAUAGAAAAUAUGUACUUUUUGAACUAUGAUAGAAUAAGAAUUGAUGAUUAUUAUUGCGAUUCAUUAUCUAUUUAACAAAUUUAAAAAUGUAUUCUAUGUUUUAUACUUUACAACAGGUUAUGAUAAGCAGUAGGUAUCUGGUGACUGGUUUAUUUUUUAAGAUGACUUGUUGAUUAUUUAUCGUCAGGGCUCAGGCUGGGUUAUCAUAAUAUUGAAUAUGUUAUAUAUUGUCAUCUUUAUAUUUUUUUAGUUGUUACUUACUUAUUCAUUAAAAUGGCCGCAAAUAUCACAAAAAAUAUGAAAGCUGUUGGUCUGAUGAAGUACUUGCCAAUUUCUGAUAUAAACAGCCUUAUCGAUUUGGAGGUAAGUGUUCCUGUUCCCAAACAAAGUGAAGUUUUAAUAGAAGUUAAAGCUACUGCUAUUAACCCAAUUGAUACAAAGCUGCGAGCUCCAAAACCUCUGAUAGAGAAAGAACCACGAAUAUUGGGCUUCGAUGGGGCAGGCAUUAUAAGUGCAGUAGGUGAAGCAGUUAAAAAGUUUAAAGUGAACGAUCAAGUGUUCUUUACUGCUGAUGUAAGAAAAAAUGGCACAAAUGCUCAAUAUGUUGCUUUGGAUGAAAUACAUGUGGCACAAAAACCAAAAAAUCUUUCUUUUGAAGAAGCAGCUGCCAUGCCACUGACAUCAGUGACUGCUUAUGAAUCAUUAAUUGACAGACUAUCUAUAACAGAGAAAGACAAGGGCAAGUCAAUUUUAAUUAUAAAUAGCGGAGGUGGGGUAGGUUCUGUUGCUUGUCAGUUAGCUAAUCAGCUUGGCCUUAAAGUUAUAGGUACAGCAUCUAGGCCGGAAAGUAUAAAGUUCUCAAAAGAGAGUGGUGCACAUAUUGUACUAAAUCACACAGAAAAUUUAGUUGAGCAGUUACAAAAUAAUAAAAUAUCUGAAGUUGAUUUUAUAUUGGUGAAUUAUGAUCCCUUCAACUACUGGGAUACUCUUAUGAUGCUUAUUAAGCCCCAGGGCAAGAUAUGUCUAGUUGUUGACAGUAGUGGCCUGGUGGAUUUAAAGCCAUUAAAAGCUAAAAGCAUUACUCUUGUCUCAGAAAUGAUGUUUACUAGAAUUGUUUAUAAUACAGAUGAUAAGCACAGACAUACAGAAAUAUUAGAGGAGGUUUCUAAAAUGUUAGAUAAUGGAAAACUAAAGUCAACUUUGACCAAGGUCAUUGCUCCUAUUAAUGCAGUCAACAUACGGGAGGCCCACAGACUGAUUGAAGAAAAGAAAAGUAUAGGAAAAAUUGUCUUAUCUGGUUUUAAAUAAAACAAUAAACUGACACAGUUAUAUUAAUUUAUGGUUUAUAAAGAACAUUUGGAUCAAAUUCCUUGCCUAAAAAUGGCGAUCCUGGACUAUUCCAUGCUUUUUUCAAUAGCUCUAUAUUCCUGAUUUCAUCACUAGUUGGUAGUCCUUUCAUUUUUUGUUCUUGAUUCCAUUGUAAUUCUCUUACCUGUAAAUCAAAAAUAAAUCAUAUGCACAA